AGUAACAACCAGACACUGUGGUCGCAGAUUCACUAUUUUCACGAGCAGCAGUUACAAGGUUCUUGUUGGAGUAAGAGAUUCUCACCAAAUAACAACAUGCAACGCAGUUGCGUUCUUAUUGUUUUAUCGGAUCUUCCCUGAGAAUGCUGCAUUUUCGUCUCCAGCACCGGUGGAGGUCGUGCUCUCCUAUGGGAGCAGUUCUUGCCGUACAAGAAGCAAUCUUGCUAUCCUCGCUAGUCCUCAUCACUCCUGUCUCAGCCUUCGUCGAUCAGGCUCUAGAAAACGUGGAGAAUUUCGUUACCGGGACCUUUGAGGAAAUAUCAGAGCAAUUAUUUCCUGGCCCAGCAGCAAAAUACAAGGAAAUACUGCGAAAACAAUGGGAUGCAUAUGCUGAAGCGGAGAUGAACGAAAGCGCUAAUGGUGGUGGUGAGACGGGAGGAAAGAAUAAGAAAGGACGUACUAGUGGAAAAAAGAAUUACGGGUACCGUCAACCCAUCUUUUACUCUAUCUUUAUUUAGCCAAUUCCUUCUUGGAAUAGGCUUCUACAAGAUUUUCCCUUCUAAAAGAUGGGUUGGCGGUGCCUCUAGUUAAAGAAGGAAGCGAAUGUGAACAAUUGGGCUGUAAUCGUUGACACCAGUCGUUAUUUCUACAACUACCGGCAUGCCUCAAAUGCCCUUUCCUUCUACCACACUGUGAAAGCACGCGGCGUUCCGGAUGAACAGAUCAUCCUCUUUUUAUGGCGGUCUAUACUAACACUUUUUUUUCUAGGAAGAAUCUUCAAGGUGAAACAAACUCUCAGCACAACUCAACGACACACAGAUAGUGAGAUGAAUCACUCGAUGGAAGUCCACAUUACUCGAUGGAAGUCCACAUUACUCAUUUUUGAUAAAGAAUUACUCGAUGGAAGUCCACAUUUCAUCUUUACUCCAUAGAAAUACUGACUUUGAAAAGUCCGAGGUAAAUCUCCUCAGAAUUACUCUCUAGCUCUUCUAACUUCUCUUGCAGAGGAUUAUGCCUGCAGUCCUAGGUAAAUCUCCUCAGAAUUACUCUCUAGCUCUCUAGCGCUAAGCUCUCUUGCAGAGGAUUAUGCCUGCAGUCCCCGAAACGUCUUUCCUGGCAGGAUAUUUAACGACCAUACGAAACUACUGAAUCUGUACAGUGGUGCAGCCGGAUCGGUGGAGGUGGACUACCGAGGAGACGAAGUCACGGUCACGAACUUUUUGCGCUUGUUGCAAGGACAGCAUGCGCCUUUCACUCCAAGGAAUAAGCGUCUUGGGACGAACCACGAGUCUAACCUGUUGAUCUACAUUAUGGCGGCAACAAGAAGUACAGACUUCUAGUGAGUCCUCCGUCAUAGAAGAUCCUGAUUAUAGUCAGAGGAAUCAACGAAGUUCGCGAUCCUGUUAGUCACAGACCACUGACCGAAGUUCAGCAACCACUGAGUGUCUUCAUCAUCACGAAGUAGACGUGAAAAAUGCUAUCGGCUCCAAUUCCCUGACCGGUCACAGCGGUGCUUCGUUUUUGAAGUUUCAGGACUGGGAAGAGCUGCAGUCCCAGGACCUUGCUGAUGCGCUAGGCGUGAUGUAUGAGCAAAAGCGGUAUGGCAAAGUCUUUUGGAUUUCAGACACCUGUCAAGCAGCUACGCUACACGGGGACUUGUACACACCGCAGAUCGUUGCACUAGGCUCCUCCCGUGUCAAGGAGAAUAGCUACUCGCAUCACAUCGAUCAUGUUAUGAAGGACGCUUUCAAUUUUCCACCUGUUCUUAACAGCUACUUCUUCUCGCAUGACCGUCUCCAUCACAUCAAUCAAGGUUUCCAUCUGUUAAAAAAGCUACUUCUCGCAUGACCAUCACAUCAAUCGCAAUCAAGAUUCUCUUUAUUAAAAAGGAUCAAAUGUUAUUGUUAAUAUGACAAGGAAAGGAAGAACUGAUCUGAAUCUGAUUUUCCAUCUUCCGCUUAUAAUCUUGUUAAGUAAAACAACGUGAUGCACAGGUAUUUCCUCGAGCUGGUAGUAGUAGAGACCUACUUGCGCACCAGUGAGUAUUCUAUUGUUCUAGAGAAAUGCAAUUCUCUUUUUUUGACUGACUAUAGAAGAAUUUUUUUCAUACAGGAGGUGGGCGUAGCCAUGAUCGACCGGUUCACACACGAUUCGCUUGACUUCUUUGAGAAGUCAUUGCCAUUAUGAUGAAGCCUUGUAUUAUUCUUCAUGUCCUACGUGAAAUUGAUAUGCACAUUGAUGUAUGGUUCUGGUAUUUGGUAACCUGAGUUUGAUCCUAAGGGUUCUCUUUUUGUUUUCCCUUAGGAUCAAACUCAGGUUACCAAAUACCAGAGCCAUUCAAUUGAAGAAUCGGCUGAAGGUGUAUCAUUCUUGCUCCGUCUUGUGUGAGGUCAUCAUUUUGCGUGUGAAGAUCUAUCAGAGAUUGAAUUUGAAAGUAGUAGAGGGAAAAAAGGUCUGUUGGCAUGCUCUCUCCAACUUGCACGGCCGCAUCAGGGAAAAUUAUGAUCGGAUAUUUUUUUUCCAUGUCGGAUAAUAGUAAUCAACAGGCAAGAACACCUUUGUAAGACCUCAUACCUGAAACUACAACCACAUUCACAAGCACAUACACGAUAUACUACAAUGACAAGCACAGGACCGACUUCUAUAGAUCACAUCUGCAAAAGUGCAGCGGAAGGAGAAGACAAGACUGAGGAGGAAAAAAAGAAGCCUGCUAAUCGUAAUUAACUUCUUCUAUACCCCACGAAUGGGUACACUACUACUCCUAUUCCGACUCCUACUCACAUAAUUCCUAUUCCUACUCCUCUUCCUCCUUCCUACUACUACUACUCCUCCUACUACUACUACUACUACUACUACUACUCUACAUCUUCACGUGGCCCCUUCACGUGCAGCAGUACUAUGAGAGAAGUGCACUCGGCGAUCCUCUCUAAAACCAAGCGCAAGAAAAAGGAGAAGCGGGCAACAAUACAGGACUACGUAGGUUCGCUGAGGCCUGAGCAAAUGUAUUCCCAUGCAGAGCUCAGGACCGAUUUGAUUCCCGGAGGUGAGAAGCUCCCUCUGACGGAUUUUCUAGCAUCCAGUGGCUCAGUACAAUUUGUCACAACUACGAUUUUUAUGGAGAAGAACGGGAAGAAGGGAGCUAGUAGCCGUACUGGUCGAAGGACGAGAAUAGGGAGUUCGGGAGGUGAAGGACGAGUCGUCUUUGUUGAAGACUACGCAUCAGCGAUAACAGACAUUACUGCGGAACUGAGAGCUCUAGAAGCUCUGGAGGGACGAUCGUUAGAGAAAUACAAGACAGGGACGACCAUAGUAGACAUAGAUGAUGUUGCAUUCGAUGAUUCGUCUUUGAUUACGACCACUGCCCUUGUUGGGGGGACCAUAGGUAUGACGUUUUUUGUAGCGAUCUCAGCAACGAGGAAACUUUCAAAUCAGCUAGAUGAAUUUCUGUUUGGGUAGACAGUUCUUUUUAGGGGGACUGAUACUAGGCGGAUUUUUUUUGAGGGAUUUGGGGAAGUGGUCUACUUCAGGGUACCACUCAGACUCACGAUCAAACGAAAUUGAAAGGGUGGAGAUCAUGCGGUCGCAUGAAUCUAGAUGCAAAAAGAAGUAGUGCGUAGUGGUCUCUUCUGUUCCUGGAGUGGG